ACUAGAUAAAUAACCCAUCCCCUCUCUUUUUUCUCCGAGAUCUUCUGUUCUCUUCCCCCGCUCGCGUAGGAGAGACGGGAGGAAUCGAAGAAGCUUCGCUGCGAGAGCCGUCGCUCGCUUUCUCAGAUAUAACAAUUUGAAGUUUAACUGGCUUCUAUGGGUACCAUGGUAGAUGCAAGCAAGGAUAUUGAUUGGAGUUUUCCAGGUGACAAGAAAAUCACAGUUGUCUUUGUUUUAGGUGGGCCUGGCAGCGGAAAGGGCACACAGUGUGCUAAUAUUGUCAAACACUUUGGAUUCACUCAUCUUAGUGCCGGGGAUCUUCUGCGUGCAGAAAUUAAAUCUGGUUCUGAAAAUGGAACCAUGAUUGCGAACAUGAUAAAGGAAGGAAAAAUUGUCCCUUCUGAGGUUACAGUUAAACUUUUACAAAAGGCCAUGCUUGAAAGUGGAAAUGACAAAUUCCUUAUUGAUGGUUUUCCCCGGAAUGAAGAGAAUCGUACUGCAUUUGAGAAUGUUACAAAAAUUGAGCCCGAAUUUGUACUAUUUUUGGAUUGUCCAGAGGAAGAGAUGGAGCGACGAAUUCUAAAUCGUAAUCAGGGUAGAGAUGAUGAUAACAUUGAAACUAUGAGGAAGCGGUUUAAAGUCUUUGUUGAAUCUAGUUUACCUGUAGUUGAGUAUUAUGAUUCAAAGGGAAAGGUUCGGAAGAUUGAUGCUGCAAAGCCUGUUGACGAGGUUUUUGAAGCCGUAAAGGUCAUUUUUGCCCCAUUUAAUCCUGAGGAAAAUCGGUUGAAUAUCACGAAAAGGAUGGGGCUUGAGAAUAUUAUAUAUUGCAUAAAAUGGUUGUUUAGAGAUGUAUGGAGUAUACUGACCAAUAUAUUAUCAAAGGUACUAUUUUGGAGAACAAUUUGCAGGGAUCCAUAAUAUGGAUCAACCUAUGUUGGCAUGUGAACCAAGUUAUAGGAGUAUUUAUAGCCCAUCUAUGUUAUCAAUUUAUUGUAAUAUACCCAAGUGCUUAUAAUGAUGAUACUUAAAAGAUAGUUCUGUAUUCUUUACUAAAUUUGGUUUACUCAUUAUCCCCUGAUGCAUUAGUACAAUAGCGUUUCCUUAGUAUUAUCAGUAA